AUCAUGAAUGUAUUGAGCUCGGAGGAGCUCAAUACAAUCUCAAUUAUUAAUAUUAUUAUUAAUUCUCAAUUAUUAUACCCAUUGUAAUGUCAGUUGGGAAUCAGUAUUGUCACCUGUCUCCUUUCCUAAUUGGAAAUCAUAAAGAUAACAUUAUUCAUUGACCUUUAAAGAUUAUUUGGACCCUGUAACGGCUAGGUAGACGUAGAACCCAAGUGCACGGACAGGCGACAGUUGAGGACAGUUUGAUUUCAUUCGGUGCAGGAUCGGGCUGGCAGAGAGCAAACAGAUCAAAAGAUCCCGCAAAGCACUUCCUGGACGGGUCUGAAGACUAUCCACGUAAGAAUCGUAUAGGUUUACAUCGUUGACGAAAGAGAAAGUAAGGCCUAUACAAUGGACGGUGGCGGAGAUGAAAUAUCAGAUGAACGGAUAGCGGAGGCUUGUCUCAGAGGGGUCAUGGAGGAGGAGCUGAGGGAGGGUCACCUGGACGUCGAGGCUCCGGCGCUGCCAUCGGGCCCCGAGCCGCAGAGUGAGGCGGAGAGAGAUUUGAUGGAUGAGUUGGGCCGAAGGGUUCGCCAACAGAGCUCCCUUCUCAAAGGCAACCAAGAGUUACAAGACUCCAUCGAUGGGGUGAUUCGAAUGCCAGGUUCAAUGAUGGACAAGUUCUCACAGCUGGCAGGCAAAGUGUUUAAGAAUGGAGUGACCUGGGAUAAAAUCAUAUUGCUGUUCUAUGUUGCCGGAAGGAUGGCAAUAAAGGUGAUGGAAGAUAAUCUGCCUCUACUGGUGAUUGAGAUCUUCAAGAUAGCGUUGAAUUACUUCAAGGAGAAACUACUGGGCUGGGUCACUAGCCAUGGAGGAUGGAGCAACAGUCUGUCAGAGCUAAGUGGCCGUAUGCAGGGCAUGCCACUCACCACCAUGCAGACACUCAUCAUCAUCACCGGCCUGGCCGUCCUAAGCAUCGUCGCCUGGAAGCGGACACGGAGGGCCUGAAGCCAGGGCCACGGAGGGCCUGAGGCCAGGGCCACGGAGGGCCUGAGGCCAGGGCCACGGAGGGCCUGAGGCCAGGGCCACGGAGGGCCUGAAGCCAGGGCCACGGAGGGCCUGAGGCCAGGGCCGCUGCCAGCCAUUUGGGUGAUUGCUUGGUGGUAGUUAUGACUCCAUUUCACCUACAGAUUUUGAUCUUACUCUCAUUUUGACAGAGAAAUCGGUUAUACCAGCCUGUUAUCAGUAUCAGUCACAUUCAGUUACUCAGUGGUGUAGUGUAAGGAUAGGUUUCUUCAGAUUGCAAAAUUAUUUUUACAAACAGAUUUUUUUAUAUUUGUAUAUGACAUAGGGCAAAGAAAAUAAUGCAUGCUCCGCAAAAAUAAAUAACUAAAUAAGCGGGCCUCGUCCAUGCAGUAUAUGCUCUGGCUCCGCUGUAUGUCUGACACAGCAGAAGUCGAAGAGCUCGUCCCUCGUUGCGGAUCAUCGUCCGUUAUCUGGAAAUAUUUCGGAUUUGGGGCAAGCGAUUUGAACCAGCAUCAAACAAUCUUCAAAGUGUGCCGUAGAGCUGUGUCAGCGCCGCAAGGCAACACAACUAAUUCAUUCGGCCACCUGAACACACACCCCAAAAUAGACUGACGAAUGCAUGAUUGCUAUGAAAGUCUUGCAUCGGCUGCUAACACGAGUUGUCCCACGUCUAGCCAGACGUCCAUAAAAUCGAGCCUGUACAGCAUGACACCGUAUCGAAAUGUAGCACAAUGGUUCACGGUUGUUAAAGCAGUGUUAUGUUAACAUGAUCGUUCAAUAAAAAUAUUUGUCAAUCAAAUGAAUAGUCGUGGUAAAUAAUCGGGAUAUCAGUAUUGAUCAAAAUAAUUGUGAUAAUCAUGUUGGCCAUAAUCCCGCACCCCUAAUAUGACAUGUGACAAUAAAUAAAUCAUCUUAAAUCUUGAA